AAGCACUCCCACAAUAACAGUGUUGACGUCACGCUACCACCGCUCCCGUUGGAUACAGCUGCAAAACUGCAAGAGAGGGGUGAUUGAAGGGAAUAGCUAAGCGGCGGUGGCGGCAGCCAUCUUAGAACUAUCGCGGUUGCAGAAUUACAUCUUAUGGAUAUUUAUUUACAGGGUGAAUUAUAAUUGAUUGCGUUGACGAGGAAUAGAGAAGAGUGUUUACGUCUCUCGUGUUUUUUACUUAUAAAACGGGAUGCAGUUCCGUAGGUAUAAACCCUUCGCGUCUGCAAUCGGACUGGUCCUUGGACUAUUAUGUGCGGUGGAGGCAACCAAAGUUAAUAAGCAUAAGCCAUGGAUCGAGACCACAUAUCACGGCAUCGUCACAGAGAAUGAUGACAAGGUGCUGCUGGACCCUCCUCUGAUUGCCCUGGACAAAGAUGCCCCACUGCGCUAUGCAGAGAGUUUUGAGGUGACCUUCACCAAAGAAGGAGAGAUCUGUGGCUUCCGGAUCCACGGACAGAAUGUCCCCUUCGAGGCGGUGGUGCUGGACAAGUCCACGGGCGAGGGGGUCAUCCGGGCCAAGGACAAGCUGGACUGUGAGCUGCAGAAGGAGCACACCUUCACCAUCCAGGCCUACGACUGUGGCGAGGGUCCCGACGGAGCUAACAUGAAGAAGUCCCAUAAGGCCAAUGUCCACAUCCAGGUGAAUGACGUGAACGAGUACUCACCCGUGUUCAAGGAGAAAUCCUACAAGGCCACCGUCAUCGAGGGGAAGAAGUACGACAACAUCCUGAAAGUAGAGGCUGUGGACGCCGACUGCUCCUUCCAGUACAGCCAGAUCUGCAGCUAUGAUAUCGUCACUCCCGAUGUGCCCUUCUCCAUCGACAAGGACGGCAACAUCAAGAACACAGAGAAACUCAACUACAGCAAGGAGCGCAUGUACAAGCUGACCGUGACCGCCUACGACUGUGGAAAGAACCGGGCCUCCGAGGAUGUCCUCGUCAAGAUCAACAUCAAGCCCACCUGCAAACCAAGCUGGCAAGGGGGGACAGGAUUUAAUAAGCGAAUUGAGUAUGAGCCUGGCACUGGGAGCCUGGCCCUGUUUCCCAGCAUGCACUUGGAGACCUGCGAGGAGCCAAUCACCUCUAUCCAGGCCACCAUUGAGCUGGAGACCAGUCACAUUGGCAAGGGCUGCGACAGAGACACAUACUCUGAGAAGUCCCUGCACAAGCUGUGUGGUGCCAGUGGCAACACCGUGGAGCUGCUGCCCACUCCCAGCAGCACUGCCAACUGGACCGUGGGCCUGCCCACAGACAACGGCCACGACAGCGACCAGGUGUUUGAGUUCAACGGCACACAGGCCAUCAAGAUCCCCGAGGGCGUGGUGAGCACUAGCCUGAAGGAGCCCUUCACCGUCUCCGUGUGGAUGAGGCAUGGUCCUGGGGGCCGCGAGAAAGAGACCAUCCUCUGCAACUCUGACAAGUCAGAGAUGAACAGGCACCACUACUCGCUGUACGUCCACAACUGUCGCCUGGUGCUGCUUCUGAGGCAGGACCCUACAGAGGCCGAGAGCUACAAGCCUGCCGAGUUCCACUGGAAGCUGGACCAGGUCUGCGAUAAGGAAUGGCAUCAUUACGUGCUGAACAUCGAGUUCCCCUCGGUGACCCUGUUUGUCGACGGCGUCACCUUCGAGCCGUUCCUGGUAACCGAGGACUACCCCCUGCAUGCCUCCAAGCUGGAGACCCAGCUUACCAUUGGAGCCUGCUGGCAAGACGGCUCAGGAGUUGACAAUGAGACCGAGGCCGUGUCUGAGCCUCCCACAGGUGGCAGUGCCCACAUGGCUCAGUACUUCAGGGGCAACCUUGCCGGGCUCAUGAUCCGCUCGGGCAAGCUGGACAACAAGAAGGUGAUCGACUGCCUGUACACCUGCAAAGAGGGCCUGGACGUGCAGCUUCCUGAAGAGGUGGCCAACACUGUGAAGGUGCAGUUAAACCCCAACCAGUCUUCUCUGACCCUGGAGGGUGAUGACAUUGAGAGCUUUGAGAAGGUCAUGCAGCACAUCUCCUACCUGAACUCCAGGCAGUUCCCCACACCUGGCAUCAGACACCUCCGCAUCUCUACCACGGUCAAGUGCUUUAACGAGGAGACGUGCAUCUCCGUGCCGGACUCCGAGGGCUAUGUGAUGGUACUGCAGCCCGAGGAGCCCAAGAUCAGCCUCAGCGGCAUCGACCACUUCGCCCGCGGCGCUGCCGACUUCGAAAGCACCGAGGGCGUCACCCUCUUCCCCGAGAUGCGCAUUGUCAGCACCAUCACCCGCGAGGUGGAGCCAGAGACUGAGACCGAAGGCGAGGAUGACCCCACGGUUCAAGAGACGGUGGUGUCAGAGGAGAUCAUGCACAACCUGGACACGUGCGAGGUGACGGUGGUGGGCGACGACCUGGACGGCGAGCAUGAGAGCCUGGAGGUGGACCUGGCACAGGUGCAGCAGCACGGCCUGGAGAUGAGCUCCUCCAACGUGGGCAUGAUCAUUACCGGCGUGAACACCAUGGCCACCUACGAGCAGGUGCUGCACCUGAUCCGCUACAGGAACUGGCACACGGAGGCCCUCUUCGACAGGAAGUUCAAGCUGGUCUGCUCCGAGCUCAAUGGCCGCUACAUCAGCAACGAAUUCAAAGUGGAGGUGAACGUCAUCCACACAGCCAACCCCAUGGAGCACGCCAACAAUGCCAUGGUUCAGCCUCAGUUCAUCAACCCAGUGCACCACGCCUCAGUGGACCUCUCUGGACACAACCUGGUCAAUGCUCACCAAGCCUCAGUGGUCCCCAGCGCUGCCACGGUCGUGAUCGUGGUGUGCGUGAGCUUCCUGGUGUUCAUGAUCAUCCUGGGCGUGUUCCGCAUCCGCGCCGCCCACCAGCGCACCAUGAGGGACCAGGAGAACGGCAAGGAGAACGAGAUGGACUGGGACGACUCGGCCCUCACCAUCACCGUCAACCCCAUGGAGACAUAUGAGGACCAGCACAGCAGUGAGGAGGAGGAGGAAGAGGAGGAGGAGAGUGAGGAUGGCGAGGAGGAGGACGACAUCACCAGCGCCGAGUCGGAGAGCAGCGAGGACGAGGAGGGCGCCGAGCAGGAGGACCAGCAGGGGGCCAGCAGACAGCAGCAGCUGGAGUGGGAUGACUCCACACUUACCUACUGAGCACACACACACACACACACACACACACACACACACACACACACACACACACCUCCACAAACACUGCUGCACACACUCUCACCAACACCACCACCACCAAAACCAACCCCACCCUCUCACCCGUCAGUCAGUGGGGACCCAUUGUCCCUCCUGCACAUUCCUAACCCACCUCUCCACUCUUCCUAAGGAGCCAUGAUUAUUGAAUCAAAAAAACUUAAAAGCAAAACAAGUAUAUAUGAAUAUAUAUAUAAAUCUCUAUAUAUCUGGUGUCUGUUGUUACAGAUGUGGCAGAUUCAGCUUCAUUUCCACCCAGCCAAGGCUUCCCUGUUGUCAUCUUUUAGUGGUGGUCCGAAGUGUAGGAUAGUUUUCAAAGGAUAGCUAAGGUCGUUUUUUUAUUUAUAUUUAUGAGUUGUUCUUUUUUUUUAAAUCCCAGGGAAGCUUGGUAUAGAUUUUUUUGCAUUGUUCUGAGCUAUGUGAGGACACAACCUUGCACCUUUUUUAUUUUAUUCCUUACACAUGUAAAGUCUUUUAAACCGGAGAAUGAUUUGAUGUAUAUUUCUUGCACAUUUACUGCAUUACUAAUUUGUUUGCCACAGAAAUGCAAGAGAGGCUUGGACUCCUUGCUUUGUCUUUCUUUCUCUCUCUCUUACCUUCUAUCUCUUUCUUUCUUUCUUUCUUUCUUUCUUUCUUCCUUGUGCGCUUGUGAGGGUGAGAACAGGAGAAGCAAGUGAUAAAUGCUUUGAACAUGGAAUUUGCCAUAGUUACGUUUGCUCUCCUUUCAUUUUCCUCUCUUUUCAGUGCAUGAGAAAAUAAAUUUGCCGAGUCAUGUGUAGAGGAUGAAGUUGCUUUUUUGAUAUUUUGUAAAUACAAACGAGACCAUGUAAUUAGUUUGUGUGUGUAGUGAUGGCCUGAACCACGGGUUCCAAGUACAGUAUAUAUUAUAAUGACACAGUAACCUGCUGUAGAUUGUUUGUGUCUCAAAUGCUUUUAGCAUGUUUUAAAAAAAAAAUUUGGCAAAACUCUUCCUUCAUGCUUCUGUGAGACAUUUUCUUCGAAGAGAGAAACCCAUGACAAAAACAAAAACAUCAGUGAGGUUUCUAGGGCAAAGUGUCACUCAUUUUGUCUUUGUUUUUAAGAUGAGGGCAUCAGACUUGAUCAGUCUGUCGGUUAUCAUUUUGCUAAAUCUUUGCCAGGCUUAGGAAACAUGCUCUGUCGCUAAGCUUUGAUGUUUUUCCACUCCUGUUAUAGCCUCAUGAUGGGCCCAAUCUCAGUAACCACGUUGAGGUGCUAAACUUGCGUACGAGUUACAUGCGGUACAGAGUAGUCACACCUGCAGAUGUGCAAUCUUUAGAGGUGAUGGGUUCAACUCAUCCUGUCACCUAACAUAUGACUCUACUGGAACCAAGCCUAGAAUUUUCCUCAUAGGUGCCCUCAGCGACAAUGGUCGUUCUGCCAUGUUGUCGUCUUACCAAACAGAUUUUAUAGACCGAUCGAAGAAGAGGGGUGUCAAGAAUUUGAGCUUUACAAGAACCCAGUCCAGGAACAAGCACACUGUUGCUUCUUGAAUGACAGCUGAAAAUUGCUAUUAGACGUUGUCUGUUGGCUACACUGCAAAAAAAAAAAGAUAAUGGAUAGAUUAACCUUGAUAAAAAUGUAACACUUGAUUAAUUUUUCAUUGGUCUAUCACUGUCAUCAUAGUAAUAGCUAGUCACAUUCUGCUCAGGAAUACUGGCUUACCUUUGAAGCUUGUAGGCUUUUGGCAAUGGGACUGUACUCUUGUGAAAUUGUGAAAAUUGAUCAGGUGUUACCAUUUUUAAUUGUAAAAAUUGAAAUAUUGAAAUAUUUUUUUUGCAGUUGACCACAUUGCUUUAUUCUUCACGCAAUUGUACUGUAGUCAUGUUAUGUUUGUUUACAUUUGCUGAACUUGUUUCCCUUCUGCUAAGUGUAAGACAUUUAUACAACCAAUUGGGAAGAUGUGUCUAGUGUUGAUCUUAUGCUACUGUACUUCCGUUGAAAAGUGAUUGUCUCAUUACCCCAUAAAAACUGGACAAAUAAAGGUUUACCCUACACAAAAUUAUGCAUAGAUGAAAUUGUAUUUAUGGGGAGAACUAAACAGAUAAUUGAAGCAACACACAGAUGUUGAAGAAUGUGGAAAAGCUCAGUAUAAUCUAUGGUUCGAUAGUUGUUUUUAAAAAAAGGAAUGUUGAAGGUAUGCUGUAACUGAAGACGAUCUGAAAACACUCCAUCUUGAAGCAAGCAACCAAGUGUAAUGGUCAUCCGUGCUCAGCAUUGUUAGGAUCUUAUAGUUCUGAGCAUUCUGAAGACCAGUGGGUUGAAUUCAUUUCUGUUUCAUUCUUAUUUUCCUUUGUUUUGGAUAAGCAACUACCCUUCCCUCGAUACAGAAUAGGGCCAAAUAGAGGUCCAGAUAUAAGCUGGUGAAGUUGGGAGUGCCUUUUGCCUAUCACAGCGUAUUAACACAACUAAUAAAGACAAAAAAAAAGACAGAAAACAAAAAAUCACAAUCCACGUCAUAGUCCUGGUGAUUUUGUUUUUACCUUGUUUUGUAAUUAUUUAAUGCUAGAGUUGUUACAAAUUAAGGGGGAGUGAUUUUAUUCAUUUUUUUGUUGUAAUUUGGGGAUACUGGGGGUCAACUGCUAGUUUAAUCAAAAAGUGAAAGUUUGAAUUGUCCUAAAUAGUUGUAUUGUGUUCACGUUGUGUAGAGAAAGUAGGUCCAUAUUGUUAUCAUCGAUAGAUAUUGUACUCAGUCAUGUUUAAGGAAAUCCACUUUUAAAAAGCUGUACAUUAUUGAGAUGCUCUAGGCAGCAUCAUGUGGGUAUGAAUUUACCAAUCUGUGUAUAGUGAAAGGCCAUUUUGAAGUGUAUUGCCUGAUUUCCUGACAAAAACAGUAUGUAGAGGGCAGCAUGACAUUUACUGGAAGCAGCGAAAAUAACCAGUUCUCUACAAAACUCACACAAUAUUCUUGUAAUAGUCUUUCACAGACAAACACACACAAAAUUAGUUGGUAUCACUAUUUUUCUUUCCUUGUGAAGUCAUUCUAAAUCCAGUUGAGGUUGCUUUGGUAACCACAGGAUCAACACGUCAACCAUUCCAUUUCAAGUCCAGAUUUGACUUUGUAUGCAAAAAGUUCCAUUGGGUUGUAUUUCUGCUUAAUCCUUUCUAUAGCCUUUUUUGCUGGGUGUUGGAGGCAGUUGUCUUCUCCUAUUGGUGGCCCUAUUGGUCGCCACGGACAUGUGUCAUUAUGGGAUGUAAUGGAACAUCCAUUACCCUGCAGGAGAAGCCCCAGAUGAGACUAAAGUUUGACGGGAGAGAUGUUAAACAAAGCAUUGUCUUAGCAUGAACAGCCCAGCUAUUACAUUUUGUGUGUAUUACACAUUGGACACUGGGCUUGGGAGAGUUGGCAGAGGAAUAAAUAUACUACUGAUUCUCAGACUGUCUGAUUCGCAGGCAUACACCUGCUCCAGUGUCAUCUGCCUACCUUUUUCUUUUCAUUUUAUUUUGCUCUUAAAAACAGAAGGCACAAAGAAUGGAUGUUUUUAGAAUUGUUGGAUGCUCCCUUUGUGCUUGUCAGGGCUGCACUCACUCUUCUACCAUUCAAAGGCAAAUGAUGGUGAAGUUUAUGCUUGCUCAUGAACAAAAAUAAAGGAAGUCGAGAUGGGAUACAAAGUGG